AUGGUUAAAUCAUUUAAGAAGUGUGGCAUUAGUAAUGCACCGGAUGGUACAGAAGACGAUUUGUUGUGUGAGGACUCGGAUGCUGAUUUAGAAGAGGUUUCAAGGAAGGGAGGUUGGGGAAGGAAAGAAGGGGAAGGAAGGGAGGUUGGGGAAGGAAGGAAGGGAGGUUGGGGAAGGAAGGAAGGGAGUAAAGUCGAAACUCCUUCCCUUGCUGCUCCUCCAGCAAGAGGAGAAGGAGCAGCAGCAGGAAGAGAAGAAGGAACCGCAGGAGGAAGAGAAGGAGGAGCCGCAGGAGGAGUAGUAGCAGUAGGAGGAGGGGACAGGAGGAGGAGCAGCAGCAAGAAGAGGAGGAGCCGCAAGAAGAGUAGGAGUUGCAGGAGGAAGGAGGAGCAACAGGAGGAGAAGGAGCAGCAGCAGGAGGAUGAGGAACAUAUCAGCUUCUCAAGGAGUGAUGUCAUAACAAUUAUUCAGGACAGAGCCAAAAUUACAGCAAG